UGUUCUUAACGGAUGUGUAAAUCUGUUGUUUGGAAACAUCUGUAGCUUUCUCCAAUCAAGAACAGUCAACUAUACAGCAGGUCACUGUAGCAUUACAGAUUAGCAUAACUUCUGUUAUGCUAAUCGUUAGCUUUGUCAGUUGGUUCAGUUAGCGAGACAACAGUUACAGUUAGUGGGUGUGAAUGUUUAGUAACUUCUCUCUGUGUAAGAAGUAGUUUAUAAGUGAAACCAGUUUUACUUUAGUGUUAUGUAAAAGUCCACUGAGAGGACACUUGUAUGUAUGAAGAGCUGCUGUUUACACUCCCCAAAAAUGGAGAAAAGAACUCCAAUUCUCUCCUCAUUGUAAUGCAUAUGUUCAUCCCAACAGCUCUGCUUCAGAAUGAAGAUGAGAGUGCUGAUGACGACGAUAGUGGCACAGACCAUUUUAACACGGAGAAGUCCGGGACUCAGCUGCAGAGAUGUGAGCGCCCGGGACGAGUGACUUCAAGUCUCCCAGACACCUUCCAGACCAGCCACCUGCUGUUCUACGAGCGGUUCAAAGCGUACCAGGACUACAUGCUCGGAGACUGUAAGCCGUCCGAGGUAAAGGCCUUCACAGCAGACUACCUGGAGAAGGUGGUGGAGCCCUGUGAUUGGUUGGCUUUGUGGUCUAUUGGUGUCUUUGAUGUCCUGGUGGAGGUGUAUGAUCUGGACCUGAAGGAUCUGAAGGCGUGUGUGAGGCUGGUGCUGCCUCUGCAGUGUGACACCAGAGGCUGUGAGCUCACCGAGGAGGCCAUCGUGACUCUGCUGGAGGCCAAUCAGCAUCGACUCCCUCUGCAGGAGCUCCUGGUGGUCUACGAGCAGUCUGGGGACUUUGAUCUGACCGCCCUCGCUCUCGAGCACCUCAGGUUUUUCUACACGCAUAUCUGGAGGCAGUGGGAAGAGGAAGAUGAAGAUGAUGACUUUGACUACUUUGUUCGUUGUGUGGAGCCUCGUCUCAGGCUCUACUACGACAUCUUAGAAGACCGAGUCCCAUUAGGCCUGGUGGCAGAGUACAAGUCCUUACUGGAAAACUGCUCCCAGUGCUUCCAGAAGUUCUCUGUUCUGUGCAGAGGCCUCAGAACCAACUCCGACACGGAGCUGGACAACGUGUCCAUGGUGGAGAGCCUGAAGCUCUACGACCAGCUGGAGACGUUCAAACGCAAGCUGCACAUCAUCGAGAACCCCCUGUUGAGGUACGUGCUGGGCUACAAAGGUAAUACCAGUCAGCAGUGUGUGCAGAGCCGUGGGCUCAGAGCUUCGGGUAUGAAGGUGGUCCAUGUGGUCACAGCCUCCUGCAGCACCAUCCAGCUCCAGUCCCUCCUCAGUGACCGACUGCUGCCUCUGUGUUCCUCUGAGGACACUGAGAUUCGGUUCUACAGAGACCCAGUGUCAGCGGUGGAAAAGUGCCAUCAGGGUGACGUGGUCAUUGUUCUCCCAGGAAUCUACAGUGUCAGCAGCUCCAUCUUCCUACCAGACUCCAUCGCUAUAGAAGGCUUCGGGCUCCCUGAUGAGGUGGUUAUUGAGAAGAAAAACAAGGGCGACUCAUUUGUGGAGUCCACAGGAGCCGAUGUCAGACUGUCCAACAUCAAGUUCAUCCAACACGAUGCCAUCGAGGGCAUCAUGUGUGUGCGUCAGGGGACUCUGAACAUGGAGAACUGUGUGCUGCAGUGUGAGACCACAGGAGUGAUCGUCCGAACAUCAGCGCGCCUCACCAUGAACAUGUGUGACCUGUACGGCUCCAAGGGGGCUGGUGUGGAGAUUUACCCCGGGAGUGUUUGCAGUCUGGUUGGUAACGGUAUCCAUCACUGUAAGGACGGCAUCCUCAUCAAGGACUUUGCUGAUGAACUUGAUGUGAUGCCAUCAAUCACCAUGGAGAACAACGUGAUUCACAACAAUGCAGGCUACGGGGUGAUUCUAGUGAAGUCCAACAACGGGGAACAGCGUGAUGCUGCUCUGGACCCAAGUGAAGGCCCUGCUGGACCGACGGCUGUAGACCAACAGCAGGGAGGCGUUGCUGAUCCAACAAACCCAACCAGCAACGGUUCAGCAGACGUGCAGCCGGAGUCAGCAGAGAACAACAGCACGGACUGUGACGUAGCAUCCGCCUCAGGCAGGAAGUUGCACUUUAUUCGCCAGAUAAGCAGAAACAAGGAGACGUCCUGCAGCCGAGCCGUCCAGGACCUGAUGGACCACCAGAUCUUCGUCUCCAUUCAGGGAAACCAGUUCAGACGCAACGGCAUGGGCGACCUCGGCACCUUUUUCUACUGACAGUCGACUCCAGACUGGCUGGCCGUCGACACACUCGCAACUGUCGCGCGUCUUUUAACAUCGUUUAUUUGAGGGGCGCUUUGUGCUUUUAGAUUUCUUUUGUCAUGAAAUAAAUAUUGCCGAUUCACAGCAGAGACGGCGAUGAUAAUGUUCCUGUGUAGGACGUGUGUUGUGAUGCCUGUGUGAGUCUCUGAAAGUCCUCCGGCUUUGACUGUGACUUGUACCGGUUUGAACUUUCACAAAAGCUUUUAUCUUAUUUAUUCCUUUGGGCUCCUGAUGUGAAAUGUCUUUAUUUUUUUUACUGCAUUAUUUGUUUGAAAUCCACUCGUCACUUUGAGUUUUGAUGUUUCCACUUCAGAUCUAAUAAAUGUAUCUUUAAGGUGGUGGUUUGAAAGCAGUGCACAGUUUGUAAUUCUGAGUUCACACAAAUAUUAGUUUCCUUCGUUCAUGAGAUGUUCACAUCUCAUGAACCUCGUUCAUGAGUGCCUCGGCUGUUUUUAAAGGUUAGAUGUAUUUUAUGGUCAAGUCAUCAGGUUGACUAAUGAUACAGUUGAGUCUUAAACUGUUACUUCAGUGAAUAUAAUGAAUGUCUUGCAGAUUAAAAGGUAUCUGUUGAAACCUC